AUGGUAUUCGGACCGAUCCCAAAUCGCGAGUAUCAUGAGCGCUUCAUGCGCAAGGCCAUCGACAUGGCCGAGUUUGCGCUGGCAUCGGAUGAGACGCCUGUGGGAUGUGUCUUUGUACACAACGGUGAGGUGAUUGGACGCGGGAUCAAUGGCACGAAUGCUUCUCUGAAUGGCACCCGCCACGCAGAGUUCGUGGCCCUCGCCGAAAUCAUAGCCAAGCACCCGCAAUCCAUCAUCAAGGAGACCGACCUCUACGUGACUGUCGAGCCAUGUAUCAUGUGCGCCUCUGCACUCCGCCAGUACGGGAUCCGUGCCGUCUACUUCGGCUGUCUCAACGACCGCUUCGGCGGCUGCGGUGGCGUCAUGAACAUCCACUCGGAUCCUGGUGUCGACAAGUCUUAUCCCGUGUAUGGAGGCCUCUUCCGCGAGGAGGCGAUCAUGCUGCUGCGGAGGUUCUACGUGCAGGAGAAUGAGAAAGCCCCCGACCCAAAACCCAAGAAAAACCGCGAACUGAAAACCGAGAUCCUCCCCGUAACCGUCACACCCCUCGACCAACGCGGUCCACGCUCUCCACCAAUCCCCAUCGCAACCCCAGCCAUGGCGACUCCCGUCCUCGGAGCCCAGAGUAUCAACCAGAUCGUUGAGAAGCCUCUCGUGCGUCUGCCGCCAGCCAACAAUAGCAAACAACAUCCCACCGCCGUGCCACCAAAGGCAAACACCAAGCAGCAACCCCCUCAAGCUAAGCAGAAUCAGCCCGUCAAGAAUCCUCCCACCAGCACCACUGCCGAGAAGAAGAAGCCUAAGGAGAAACUUCCCCCGCCGGCAGGUCUAAGGGUUGAAAAGCCAGUGCCCGGAGCUAAAGGCUUCGCUGCUCUUGGGGAUGAGGUUGAGUGUUGA